AUGAACGACCAUUUCGGACACAUGCUCCGAGCGGCCUUCACCCACUAUGGCGCGCACGCAGUCGACCGCAUCGUCAGCGACUCCGACCUCCUUCGCAUCGAACGUGAGAGGAAGCGAAAGAUGAAGCAUCGACAAAGAUCGAUCCACAACGCAGCAUCACGCCUGCUUCGUCUUCCAGCAGAAAUCCGCAACCAAAUCUACCAGCUGCUCGUCGUCCAGGACACCACCAUCGAAGUGAUCGAACGGGGAAGUCGGUACCGCCUCUCACCAGACCUGAAGCAACCACCCCUCUCACUCGUCUGCCGCCAAAUUCGCCACGAAGUCCUAUCCGUCUUCUACUCCGAAAACACAUUCAACAUCACCAUCGUCAACAGGCGCUUCGGCAUCAACUGCGAGCUUGUCAUCGUGCACUGGCUCAGAAAUCUCAGCGAAGCACACCAGAAAGCGCUGGGAUCUAUUGGGAUCUGCACGACGCUGUCUUCGCCGGCUGUGAUCUCGCGAAAGGGGUGUUCUUCCGAGCUGUACAAUCUGGCCGAUGACCGCGUUUGCGGGGGAGUUCGUUGUGCGAGGUAUUAUGCGAGUGAACUGCGCUUGAAGGGCUGGACUUGGAAGGGUGAUGUUGGAACCGAGUGCGGUGGGGUUUGUGCCAGAGCGCACGGUGUUGGAGUCGGUGAGAUGCAUCAUCAUGCUCUUGUUUGGGCCGGCUAG